ACUCAGCCGCGUGGCCGCGCGGGCCGGGGCCGGGGCUGGGGCUGGGGCUGGGGGGCGCGCGCCGCUGCGGACCGGGCGGUCCCAGCGGCGGCUGCUCGCGGCGCCGUGUGCGCGCGCCUCCCGGGCGGAUUCGGACCCCGAGUGCGAGAGCGCGGCAGGGAGCUUCAGGAUUUCUCCCUGAUCAAGCAGACAGUUCAGGAUACACAGUCCAAGGAUGAAUGUUCACCGUGGCACUGAGAGCGACAGGUUAUUGCGGCAGGAGGCCAGCUGCCUGAUGGAUGAAGCCUCAGCUGCAGCCCAAGAAAAAGAAGCAAAUAGCCUGGCUUCUUCUGGUCUUCAAAAUCUUACUUAUCCUCUAGGUCCCAGGAAUGAUGACUUUCCACUUGACUCUGCCUCUCAGCCAGCAAAUCUUCAGUUCCCUCACAUGAUGCCACUUCCUGAAGACAUCAAAGGCUCUUGCUUCCAAAGUGGGAAUAAACGGAACCAUGAACCCUUCAUCGCUCCAGAACGAUUUGGAAACAGCACUGUGGGCUUUGGCAGUAACGUUCAUUCUCAGGCACCAGAGAAAGUGACACUUCUCGUAGAUGGCACACGUUUUGUUGUCAAUCCACAAAUUUUCACUGCUCAUCCAGAUACCAUGUUGGGAAGGAUGUUUGGACCAGGAAGAGAGUACAACUUCACACGGCCCAAUGAGAAGGGCGAGUAUGAGAUUGCCGAAGGAAUCAGUGCAACUGUAUUUCGAACGGUGCUGGAUUAUUACAAAACUGGUAUCAUCAAUUGUCCUGAUGGCAUCUCUAUCCCAGACCUUAGAGAUACGUGCGAUUAUCUCUGCAUUAACUUUGACUUCAACACUAUCCGAUGUCAAGAUCUGAGUGCUUUACUGCAUGAACUGUCUAAUGACGGCGCUCACAAGCAGUUUGAUCACUACCUCGAAGAGCUGAUCCUGCCCAUCAUGGUGGGCUGUGCCAAGAAAGGGGAGCGAGAAUGCCACAUCGUCGUGCUGACGGAUGAGGAUUCUGUGGACUGGGACGAAGACCACCCCCCACCCAUGGGGGAGGAGUAUUCCCAAAUUCUUUAUAGCUCUAAGCUCUAUAGAUUUUUCAAAUAUAUUGAGAAUCGGGAUGUCGCUAAAACAGUGUUAAAGGAACGGGGCCUGAAAAACAUUCGCAUUGGAAUUGAAGGUUAUCCUACCUGUAAAGAAAAAAUUAAGAGGAGACCUGGUGGCCGGUCUGAAGUGAUCUAUAAUUACGUGCAGCGCCCCUUUAUCCAGAUGUCAUGGGAAAAAGAAGAAGGAAAGAGUCGCCAUGUGGAUUUCCAGUGUGUUCGAAGCAAAUCCCUCACUAAUCUGGUAGCUGCUGGAGAAGAUGUCUUGGAGGACCAAGAGAUAUUAAUGCACCACCCGCCCCAAGUGGAUGAACUUGACCGGCUAAACGCCCCACUUUCUCAGAUGGCUUCUAACGACUUUCAGGAUUAGGGGCAGCUGUGGGCCCCUCUGCCGGCCUUUUCUCUGUCUGGGAUGCCCAUAGCCAAUCUUCCCCAUGGUUUGUCUCACACUAAGUAGGAGACAUGCUUCUCCCCCAUCCUUUCCUUUUCGACCAUAAUUAAUGUGUGUCCUUUUCAGUAAGUCUGUGCCUCUGGCAGGAGAUGAAAAAGCACUUGCUGGUAAUUAAGCUACCAGCUUUGCAGCAGCCCUGGUAACUUGAAAAUUUUGGGUCUGGUGCUGUUCACCGAGUCUUUGUGUAACUGCAAAAGCAGGAAAGGAGGUGAAGACUCCUAUUGCCUCAUAUUCAGCAAAGCAGUUCUCAUCCUUUACACUCUGUUCUUGGCUUUUGUUUGUUUUAUUUGGUUUUAUACUAGGCAAAUUACUUAGCAGCAAAGGGACCAAACUUAGAAGGAGACAAUCUCUAUCUUCUACAAGCAGGCACUAAUUGGAUGCCCAUUAGAGGUUAGUGAAGAUACCAUCCUGGUGGCCUCUGUGCCGAGGUUGCAUCUGGGAAGAAAUAGGCUCUCAUUCAAAAUGUCCAAAAGGAAAUUCUUAGGAGCCUCAGUUCGGUUUUUUUUUGUUUGUUUUUUUCAUUAUUGCAAUGAACAAUCCAAAACCUCACAGAUUCUUUGACAGGAAGGAUAAUGUAUAACAAUGUUCAUGAAACCUUUUUAGCUUCAAGGUUUUUGACCCUAAACAAAUUGAUUAUUCAUUUGGAGUGAAAUUCACACUUUGAUUAUCCUGGCUUGGAAUCUGGUGUGAAGCCAUAGGUCUUCACCCUUGACCAGCAUGUUGCUGUGGGUGUGGCUAGGAGACCUUAGAUAUGGCUUAAAAGGCUUUCAAGAUGAGGGCAGUGAUUUCUCAGAAGUGCUCAGUUUCUCAGUAGAAAGACUAAUAAGAGCUCGGUGGGUAGGACUGGGCGUGAAUCUGGGUGGGAAAAUGUCACCUGCCUAGACUUUGUCUUAGUGCAGGGUUUUUCGUAGUAUAUUCUUUUCAUACUAUGGAAUAUUUUUAGGUAUCAGGAUAUUUUAAUUUUUGAAAUAGCCUAUCAGCUGCUCACACUGGGUAAGAAAACCAUAUUAAUGUCAUCUCCAAAGGAAGAAUGAGUUGAAGGGAAAUUAGGCCUAGUCAUUUUGAUUGAUUUGUCAGCUCUGGGUUAACAGUACGUGGUGUGACGACCCAGAUCACUCCUCUCGGUACUGUACCACCUACCCUGAGGUCUCCAUGGCUGUUAACAGUAGAGCUAAAUUUAGAUUCUAGAGUCAGAUGUGUCUUGAGAUCUUUCCCAUUUUAUGGUAGAGGUUGGCCUUCCAGUCACCUACCCUGAGCAUGUACAAAGAGACACACAGUUUCCUUCAAGUUCUCUGAGAACAGGACUGGUUUUCUUAAAUUCCGUUUCCACAGGAUACUGUAGGGCAAGCUACUUGAUGCUAUUUUAUGACCGCCCUAGUCAGAAUUCUCCAAAGGUAAAGUCAGAUUGGGUGUUGACAGCUACUCUUUCCAGGCUUGAAGAACAAGAGUGUUCUUAAGGCGUGUAUUCUCUGUGCAUGUGACCAGGGCCAGUGUCACAGGGGACAUCAAUGCUCUGUUCCUUAUUCAGAAAAAUUAGUAGUAA